ACAUAGCCACCUGUCCUCGUAUCUGUAAGUUCAUCUGUGUGGCUAUCCACGCCCCCAUAUAAAUUAUCACCAUAGUAACACCACAGGUGGAUUGUGUCAGGUGUUAGUACCCCCAGUCCCGCCCCGCGACAACCUGGCUCAACAUUGACGAGCGCGGACUCUCUAGUUGUCAUUACUUGUGUAUAGCGCGCUACCACAACAUCUCGAUCACGGACUUCAUCAUGAUUUACGCAUUGUGGAUUUUAGCUGCUCUACCAUUCGUAGCGGCACAGUGCACCUUCCCCCCUGAACUCCGGGGCGUCUGGAAGACGAGCAGUCUGUCGACCUUGACCUUCACCAACACCACAGUGACGCCACUGCUGUCUUCUGACAAGACGAUGUCCUGUUUCCUUCACAGCGCGACUAAAUAUGUCGUCAGAUCGGAGCCCUACAGGUUCGGCCCCGCCGUCUUCGUGGACUACACCUGCCUCGACUUCCAUGACGUCUCUACCACCACCCUCUUUUACUACCAGCCAACAGCUAAAAACGUUGACUCCAACAAUGAUAGAUUGGUCACGUUCUACAACAACACCGCCCCCACCUUGGACGACGUCUGUAACGUCGCCGCCUCCCCCGACCCAGGGACCUACUCCUUCAUGAUGUUAGAAGGCUCCCUGAACGAGUCUGCCAGACGGUGCCCGGAUGUCAUCCUGGGGCAGUACAACGUCACCCUGGUGGCAUGCCCGGGGGGUGCGGAACUCGACGUCUGCACCGACAAGAAACGCCUCGACUUCAACUACACCCAAUGUGGGAGCGGUCAGUACUCAGGGGAGAUGGUGUAUAACUGCCUGUAUGACUCCGUCAGUGGCGACAUGACGUACCUCACUCUCUACAACGACGCCCAAGACGAGAGCAGCAACCCCUUCAUCCCCUUCUCCUGCGUGGUGAUGGCGACGUCAAGUAACGGAGUGAGUUUGACGCAUGCGCCUGGAGACUGCCAGAGCGGCCAGACAUCAACCGAGGUGACCGACCCAGGAGUGUCCAAACAACUCACGCUCGUCAGUAGCUGUGAAGCGCCCACGACGACUGCUGCGCCGACGCCGACGCCGGCUCCAGGUACGGUGCCGACUGUGAGUGGCUCGACCACCGCAGCUUCUAAUACUCCUUCCGGCUCUACUGCAACCUCUUCUUCUACUGUAGUUGAUGGAUCUACGACCACCGAGAAGAAUUCGGCAACAACACGUUUUAUGGAAGCAUGGACCCUCCUGGUUACCCUUACUCUGAUUGGCUGGACACUGUAAAAGGGCAAGGUCAGCGUAACCAUGGUGCUAGAACGUGGUUCGCCUUUAAAGGAGCGUCGAAGUAUUGUGUAAUAUCAGCCCCUACGACACAGUGCAAUCUUAUCAGUCCGCUUUACUUUUGUUUAUUUACAGUUAUUGUUUUCAGUAUUUGUUGUAUUUGGAUUGUGUUAAAAUAUUUCAAAAUAAACAUUUUCCUGAUAACUUUAUGAAACUGUAAUAUCUAGUCGUAGUUAUCCAUCCGCACCCAUUGGGCCAAACUCCAUCCAGAGUUAAGUUGCCUUGGUUCAAGGUCAUAGAUAGGGUACAUCCGGGCCACGAAAACCAUUAUGCCAGGGUUAAUACCUGGUCCGACAGUAUGCAUUCUGUGUGAAAACUUCUUUUCGUAGCCUUGUUUUUAUCAUUGAUACAAGUUAUGAUUAUGUGAUGAUUAUGAUUAUGAUUAUUAUUAUUAUAUGUGCGUCUGUAUGCAUGCAAAGCAAACGGAAUAAAAUUAUGUAUUCAUGUCGAUGUUAAACGAAUUAAGCGUUCUGAAAGAAAAUAUACGCAGGAUAUUUGUGGAUAUUGUCUUUUAAUAUGAAGUUUACGCGCCAUAACGGCUUUUCUAUUGGACGAUGGCCGGUCAUACAACAUGAUGUCCAAACUCUGACAUCCCUAGUUUGGCUGUCACUGUACGACUGUUCAUACUCUGAUGAACUCGCUCAAAGUGUAAGUUAGAUCUUUGUUAAACAUGUGAUGUGAUGUGUUCAUUGGGAUGUUAAGAAUGAUAUCCAAGGUAGUGUUCAAUAUAUGACGUUCACUCUGACGUUCCGUGUCACGAGUGAUAUUCAGUAUGACGAUCGGAAUGAUAUUCAAUAAGACGUUCAAUCUGGUUUUCAAUAGGAUAUUUAUGAAUGAUAUUCGAUAUUACCUUCAGACAUUAUGUUCAGUGUGACGCUCAGUAUAUUAUCGUGAUCCGUAUAUACCUGCUAAACCUGUCACAUUACCUCACUAUAUCUAAUACAUGUGUGUGUGCUUAAUCAACCAGCUUAAAUGUACCGUGCAAUGUUAACAAGAUUAUACUCUCUUUUCAAUAGCUAUUACAGGGAAAUGUUUGAAAUAAACAAACACAUAUUUUACAAAUUACAGGACAUAGUUAUGGGAGUUGUAAAAUAUUAUAUCCUUAUUUAUUACGGACAGAUGUAUAUGCAUUUAGAAAACCGAAUUAACCUAUCUGGCCACAAAUGUGCAUUUGGGUCUGCCUUUUUGAUGUUCGGGAAAAGGGCUGGGAUUUCUAUGGAUAUCUAUGCUCGAUAUAUUUUCAGCUUCAGAUGCAAAACCAAAUAUUUUUGAUUAUUAUUAUGAGCCUGAAUAUGUUUUAACAACAUCUUGCAAUAAUGUUUCUUUCAAAUGUUCAUAUUUUCUUACAUACAGUUUUAUGAAUUGUUCAAGACAAUUUUAUCUUGUUAAUAAUUAGGAGAGAAAAUGGUAAAAGAAUAUAAUAUCUUAAAAAGUAUAUCAUUAAUUCAAAUUUAAAUUUGAACAAAUUACAAUGAAAAAAUGUUACUCAGAAUGUUAUAUUAACACAGACACAUUCAGAAGAGAAACAAAAUACUCGUUCGAAUGCAGUAUUCAUUAAUUAGUGUAUGUACACUUUUAUAUGGUUCACUGCUGUUUUUGCCUCAAAUGCGGUUACCUCCCCUACUGAGUUAAUAAACAUCGUUGAAACCCCGUGGAAUAAGCGCUGUAGACUACUCAUUAUUGUGACAAAUUUGCUAACACCUUUUAUGAAUUAAUGGGUUUCGUUAAAAAUAAAACUGACAACUAACAACAUCAGAAUAAUGUGUUUAACACAUAUACCAAAAAUACAUCGUCACAGACAAUUGUAGACAAAAUUAGAAGCCAUGCAUUUCCUAUAUUAUUACCCAUAACCCCCCAUUCUUUUAACAGAACUAUUACAAAUAGAACACAGCAGCCAAAUAUGCCGUCAGCAUAGGUCGAGACACAUGUAUUUUAAGUCCAAUUUACGGGAUUCCCUUAUUCAAUCACACAGAUACCAGUUGCCUUGGCUACGUCCACUUGAGUUAGUCACAGUUUUCACGUGCAAUUGCCAGGAGAUAGUAGUUAAAAAGGUAAUAACAUGAUUUGAUUUAAGGAAGAGAAUAUAUGGAUGUCAGCUUCUUUUUUAUGGGAAACACAACGUUUCGUAGUGUAUGCUUACUCCUUCGUCGGGUGAAUGAAUGCCAUGAGGAAGAGAGCAUAUAUAUGUGCAUGUAAGGACAACAAAAUUAAUAAGAUAACAAAAGGCGGAAAAUAACAAAGGGUAGAAAUUAACAAGGGAAGCCAACAGAUGAUUGGCGCUGAUAGGUGUUUAGCAAUAGACAUCCAUUUACCUGAUGAAGGAGUAAGCAUAUACUCCGAAACGUUUUGUUCCUCAUAAUAAAGAAGUUGACAUCCAUAUAUUCUCUUCCUUGUGUCUAUCUCUUCUAAAUGCCUUUCAAAGACUUGAUGAUUUGAUUUGCACAAAUAUGACAAAGAUCACACUUCCGGAUCCUAUUAUCAAUAUCACGUGACCAUAUGAAUAGCUUAUUUCAGUUAUCCUUUACUGAUGUAUUGAUACACUAUUACUAUUCCUUAUGUAACAAUGAAUAAAAAGUUUUGUUAAA